AUGAAUUCGUCGUCAUACGAUCCUCAUACACCACCGGAUAUCACACACAUGUCUGAAACCAUAUUAGAUAGUGCUUCAAAUCAAGCAUUAGUCACAACAAACGAUAUUGAUAUACUCAAUGAUGUUUCGAAUUUCUCUUCAGAGCCAAAUGAGAAUAUUCCAUUUGAAUCGUCUCCAACGGUUUCAUCCAAAAAGCAGAAGUCAUUACUUUCUGUUUAUGAUAAUUCGAAUGACGGUGAACAGCACAAGCAACAGCAACAGCAAUUCACUGGUAAUUUAUUGCCAGUUGUUGGAAUUCUUGGUCGUAAUCAUCGUUCUCAAGCAUUUACUCGACGUCUUUUGCUCUCUGGUUUCCCUAAACCAGUUCUUUGUGAUACUAAUUCCAAUACUAAUGAUUCAAAUUACGUUUCAUAUCAAACAUUCUAUGAGCGAUGUCCAACGGUAGUCUUAAUUACAGAUAAUCUACCGACUAAUUUCGAUUAUAUAUUCAAUCCAACAAAACCUCAAUUGAUUGUUGAUACACGGGAAGUGAUUUCCAAUUAUCGGCCUCAUCAACCAUCACAAUAUCUUAUGCCUAUUCCCGAUGCUUAUCGAGCAUUUGGAAAUAUCUCGAACUGGGAAAUUGAAUAUGGUACCGAGCGUCUUCCUGUUGCAAUCGAACAGUCAUCACCGAUCGAAUUAGUACAAUUUAUAUUGAAAUUGAAUUGUUUUUCUCGUGGAAUAUCUUUUAUCGAUCCGUUUUCUUACAAUAACAUACAAAGAAAAUCAUUUCGAAAUUGUUUAUUUCCAUUAGUUACAACGAUCAUCAUUUUCACAUUAAGUUUUCUUUUCGCCAUGAUCGAAUACAAUCAUCAAAGGAAUUACUACCGAGAACAGUUUAUCUAUCGUUAUGCAAGUUCAAUAACAGCAACAACAAGUAUAACAUUACUUUCAGUUCUAUUUCUACUAAGUCCGAUAGUCGAAUCAAUCAACUUGAUCAAUUCAUUGAUCUUGAAAAAACAAGAUAUUUUACCAUCACGUUGGAUGUUUCUUCAUCGGUGGAACCAGUCCAAACGAUAUUUAGCCUGGUAUUCCCUGGGAUUUGGCAUUUUACACCUAAUAUUUCUAUUUAUCGCAAAGAAUGAUUUCAAUCGCAAGAUUUUCUUUUUCUUCCCUGUAAUUUUCGGUCUAUUUGCUCUCAUAGUUCUAUGUAUUUUAUCAUUUGUUUAUUUUCCAUGGAUAAGUGAACGACUACAAUGGCGUGAAUAUUACAUUUUAACAUCACAUUUCGGUCCAUUCUGUCUUGUAAUUGCUUUUAUACAUGUUUACAUCCAAUGGAAAUACGGAUAUGAAUAUUUACAUCAACAAGACUUCUUCCGUUUGAGAUUUAUUUCAAUGAUUUUACCUUUUUUCGUGUUGACACUACGAUUUACUCUACAUGGCAUUAUUCAUCCUCUACUCAAAUGGUUUCACAGUCGAGAAAGAAGGAACAAAGCAACCGCGACAGAUACCUCGUUUUCACCAUAA